CCGUGGAGCGCUCGCCGAAACAUCCAAAACUGGCACAUCCAGCGCAUCGCGGUCGCGAACUGCGGGGUCUUAAACUUCGUGGCAUGCAUCAGGUAUAUCAGAACAUGAUCACGGUGCUUGAAAGUUAUAUUAUGUUCGCACACAUUUGAUCAUCACAUAGAUCGUAAAGGCUGCGAUCACAGCUGACGAUUGGAGCCAAUCCUGAGCAAUGCAGCCAAUCUUGAGUGGCCACUGCUCGUGCGUUCGUCGUUUUCUUCCACAGCUGGCUAUGAUGCCGCUCAUCAGGCCAGCGUUUCCAUAUUGCCCCUCCAUCUGCGAAGGCGCUGACGGCACUAGUCCACUGCCAGUCGGUGCGGUGAUUUCGGUCUGAAAUUUUUUGCCUCAAUAUAUCGCCAACAAAAUUAAAUUAUGGGGCUUUGCGUGCCACAACUACGAUAUGAUUAUGAGGCACGCCGUUGUGGAGGACUCCAGAAUAAUUUGGUCCACCUGGGGUUCUUUAACGUGCACCUAAAUAUAAGCACACAAGUGUAUUCGCAUUUUGCCCCAAUAAAAUGCGGCCGCCGUGGCCGGGAUUUGAUCCCGCGACCUCGUGCUUAGCAGCCCAACACCAUAGCCAUUAAGCAACUACAGCGGGUAAUAUAUAUCGCCGAAUGAAAACACGUGUACAGCUGCGCUCAAAUUUUGCAUUAGGGGGUAUCGUAAUCGUCGGACAUUUUUUUUCACCUGUAUUCCAAAAUAUGUGUUGGAUCUGCAUUUUUGUUUUUUUAUUGCUCAUUUUCCCCCGCACCGGGGAUCAGUCAGCUGUCAAUGCUGUAAUGCACGCGCACAGGCCUCAAUAAGCGAAGACGAAGAAGAAAAAGAACAGCGCGCUCCACAUUCGUUCGGUUAUCGGCUGGGUUGCCGUCGUUAGCGAAUUAUUUGGUCCGCUGGCCUACUUAGUGCAGUUAUCAACCGAAAGACAUAUUUACUGCUGCCAAGAGAAACGUCAACGAAACGGUGAAGUGAACGGAAGCGUUCAAAAACCGUCGCUUACCGAUGUCUGAUCUGGUGCAAUCCGAGUUGACCGACGGCACCUACAGCGAGGAAGAAGGCGGAUCCGUAAGUGUUUCUGCGAGGUAUGAGCCACAUUUUGAGGACAACCAACAACCCAGCCGAACACCGGCUGCCAGCUCGGAAGCAACGACUCCAGCGUCCGUGCAGUCACCGACACAGCAGCAGCCCAGUCUGCGCUACAGCUACGUGGCGCCGUCGCCCGAUACCGCUCCGGACUACGUCGGUGCGACAGUGCAACAGGAUGGCUGCGACGCUCUCGCCCACAGCUUCGCCGGACUUGUCAGCUCCUUGACCGACGUUUUGAACGCCUGCUGCGGCACGGCUCCACCACCCGCCGACGAUCCAGGGGAGAAAAAGGCCGCGGCGCGGUCCAGCAGGUCAACCGAGCCUCGCAAACGAGACACGGAAGAGUCGGCUGCUGGGCAAACGGUCAACAAGAAGACCACGAAAUCUCGCGAUUUCCUCGAAGACCUCGUCAUGGACCACAGGUCGCCCUCGGAGCUCCUAGAGGCUGAACUGCGUGAAAAGGCGGAGGAUGAGCUGGCCGCGAAGUUUCGUCAAGUCGAAAUCUUGCGGGAAGCCGGCGUGCCUUCCGACCCCGUUGAAUUGGAUAACUUGGAGAAGGAAAGAGAGGAGCUGCUGUCCUCUCCCCCCACCAUCGUUCUUUCAUCGCCGUCGCAGGAGGAGCAGGCCGCCGACAACGAGAAAUUCGCCGUACGCUUGGUCCCUGUCGCUCCCGAUGAUGAAACGGCGGUACAAGAGUCGUUGACCGAGUCCGUCCCGCCGCCGCCCGAUGCUACAGCGUCAAUGUCACCCGCGACUCCAGCUGGAGACCGGAACGUUGCUGCGGAACACGACGGCAAGGAAAUCGCGUCCGUCGUGAACAGAGAGAAACGUGCCGGUGAAGAGGAACUGGAUCACGGCGACGAUGGAGGGGAAGGUUUGGAAGAUGGCGGCAAAGACGACGAGCACGAAUCUCACAGAGAAGAGCACCUACCGGACCACGAGGCCGAGCCGGCGGAGGGUGGAGGCGAAGGUUUGGAAGACGGCGCCAAAGACUACGAGCACGAAUCUCACAGAGAAGAGCACCUACCGGACCACAAGAGUGAGCCGGUGGAGGGUCCUGGUGAGCAUGUUUCAGCCGGCGGCACAGAGGUGGCAGCCGGGGAAACAGAGGCAGCAGCCGACACUCAAGCAAGCGAGUUCUGUCCUUUGUACCUGCCUCCGGAUGUCGUGCAAAAGAUCCCCGACCUUCCGAAAGGCCCCGCCAGUGCUGUGGUUUCUCCCGAGAGCCAGCGGCUGUCUCAGCAGGCUCCCGCGCCUGGGACACAGGACACGGUCGAGCUGGUCUUUCGUUACAAGACGCGGAUCGGUUUCACCGUAGCGCUCCUCUUCUUGACGUCGGUGGUGGUGUUCACCAUUGCGAUCGGCCAGUUCACGUUCAGGGGUGGUCAGCAGGAGGGUCACGAAGAGGGCACCACGCUGCUGACGUUCCCGGAGUGGAACAAGAGCGAGAACGGCCGCGCUCAGCUUAUGAUACCGGAGGAAGAAACCGAAAGGGACAUUCUCACGCUGGACAUCAAUUAG